UCCCCCCCUCUCUCUCUCUCUCUCUCUCUCUCACUCACUCACUUAUAUACUCUCUGUCUCUCUACCUAUCCCCCCUCGCACUGGCUUCACUACCACAAUGCAAUCUCUCUAUCUGUCUCUCCUCUACCACUAACAAACCCUAUCACCACUACCUUCAAAGUGCUGCUCUUACCAUCUUCAACAAGACUACCAGGACUACAAUACUGCGGUGACCGACCCCCACAUAUAUAUAUAUAUAUAUAUAUAUACAAAAAACAAAAAUCUCUCUACAUGGACUCUUAAACACAACCAAGAUAACUGAUCCCCCACCCCAGCUUAGUGUCCCUGGAGGCAACGGACCAUUCCUGGCACCAUGGCCAAGCCCUUUGAGUUUCAAUGGCGCAUCCCAGUGCCGGAUUCCCUGUUAAAAGGAAAUACAUUUGACCGUUGGGAUGAGGAAAGUAACACAGUGGAAUACAACUGCCAUGUACAAGUUGAUGAAUAUGGAUUCUUUAUCUAUUGGAAAAGUGAUGGCAAGGAAGGUCAAGUAUUGGAGUGUACACAGAUCAAUGAUGUCAGGCUUGGAACAGUACCCAAGAUAAAUGAAAUGAAAACCAUGACAGAACUUGAGGGCAAAGGAUCUGGCCCAUUAGACGGCAGAACGGUAACAAUCUGCAGUGGGCUUGAUCUUGUAAACAUCAAUUACACUCCAAUGAUUGCCAGAGAUGCUGAGACAGCCAAGAUGUGGUGUGAAGGUCUAAGGAAGGUGACAACCAAUUUUAAAGCAAAACAUGUUUGUCCUAUGACAUGUUUAAAGAAGCAUUGGUUAAAACUUUGUCUAAUGGUGAACCCCAGUGGUAAAAUCCCGGUGAGAAGUAUCACCCGUACAUUUGCAUCUGGAAGAACAGAGAAAAUGAUUAUGCAAUGUUUAAAAGACUUAGGACUGCCUGGUGGGAAAAAUGAAGAAAUUGAACGAGCUGCAUUCACAUUUGAUAAGUUUUAUGAUCUUUAUCAUAAAAUCUGUCCUCGUACCGAUAUUGAGGAACUUUUUAAAGAAUUAAGCGGCGAUAAAGCAUUCUUGACAGUAAAUCAACUUAUUGACUUCUUCAAUGAAAGACAACGUGAUCCCAGACUGAAUGAGAUCCUUUUUCCGUUCUACGACCGCAAUCGAAUACUUCAGAUCGUCUCCCAAUACGAGGAGAGUGAUGAAAUGAAGAAGAAAGAAUGUUUAAGUUUAGAUGGCUUCUGUCGAUAUCUGAUGUCUGAUGAUAAUGCUCCAGUAUUUCUGGAUCGUCUUGACAUGUACCAAGACAUGGAUCAACCAUUGUCUCAUUAUUAUAUCAACUCAUCACACAACACAUACCUGACUGGCCGACAGUUCGGAGGGAAAUCCUCCGUCGAAAUGUAUAGACAAGUCCUCUUAGCUGGAUGCCGAUGUGUUGAGCUUGACUGCUGGGACGGACGCAACGAAGACCAAGAGCCCAUAAUCACACACGGCAAAGCAAUGUGUACAGAUAUUUUAUUCAAAGAUGUUAUUAAUGCAAUUAAGGAAACAGCUUUUAUUACUUCUGACCUGCCUGUCAUCCUUUCAUUUGAAAACCAUUGUAGUAAACCACAACAGUACAAAAUGGCACGAUAUUGUGAAGACAUUCUUGGUGAUUUACUAUUAAAGAGAAAAUUAGACAACUUUGAUUUAGAACCUGGCAUUCCGUUGCCUUCACCAUCAGAGCUGAAAAGAAAGAUUCUCAUCAAAAAUAAACGUCUGAAAUCUGAGGUAGAAAAAAAGCAACUAGAGAUGUUCUUGAAAGGGCAGGAACAAGCGAUUAAUGAAGACAGCGAAACUGCUGAGGAUGCAAACGCUGUUUGUGUGGUGGAUGGAGAAGAGGGACCAAUUGAAAACCCAGGUGGCCAAACUGAAACCGAUGCCCAUCCUGAAUAUAUCUUUUCAAAAUCUAGUUCAACGGAGACUGUUGAUGAUUCAGAGAAGAAGAAAGGUUUGAGCUCAUCGGGAAAAAAAGAUGCAAGUAUUGGAUCCCUGAACCAAAAUUCUCCUGAGGUUUGCUCCUCAAUAAGUUCUCCUGAGGGUGCCCUAACUGCUGACGAAGUUGCUGCCCUUAUGUCAAACUACCAAUACACGGGUGCCACAACCAACAUCCACCCUUAUCUCUCUGCUAUGGUCAACUAUGCUCAACCCGUCAAGUUCCAGUCGUUUGAAAUAGCGGAAGAGCGGAACAUCCAUUACCACAUGUCGUCGUUCAACGAGAACGCAGGUUUAGGCUAUUUAAAAACUCAGGCUAUAGAAUUUGUCAAUUAUAAUAAGCGCCAAAUGAGUCGUAUUUACCCAAGAGGUGGAAGAGUCGAUUCCAGUAAUUAUAUGCCACAGAUCUUCUGGAAUGCAGGUUGCCAAAUGGUGGCGUUGAAUUUCCAAACUCCAGACCUUGCUAUGCAGCUUAAUCAGGGAAAAUUUGAAUACAAUGGAAACUGUGGAUACCUGCUGAAACCUGACUUCAUGAGGAGGCCAGACCGGACAUUUGACCCAUUUUCAGAAAGCCCUGUAGAUGGCGUCAUUGCCGGACAUUGUUCAGUUGAGGUAAUCUCUGGUCAGUUCUUAUCUGAUAAAAAAAUUGGAACAUGCGUUGAGGUGGAUAUGUAUGGUCUACCAACUGACACCAUUCGUAAGGAAUUUCGCACCAAAGUAGUACCAAAUAAUGGUCUCAAUCCAAUCUAUAAUGAUGAGCCAUUUGUCUUCAGAAAGGUAGUACUACCUGAUCUGGCAGUUCUUCGGAUUGCUGUGUAUGAAGACACUGGUAAGCUGAUCGGUCAGCGGAUCCUGCCAUUGGACGGAUUACAAGCUGGCUAUCGGCAUAUAUCACUACGAACAGAAGGCAAUUUUCCCCUAUCAUUACCGACAGUUUUCUGUCGAAUCAUCCUGAAGACCUAUGUCCCAGAAGGCUUUGAAGAUUUUGUGUCUGCUGUGUCAGCACCAAUCCAAUUUCAAUCCAUGGCAGACAAGAGAGAACAACUUAUGCUCGGGAUGGGGAUCGAUGAAAAUGAUAUCGGGGAUGUACCUGUGGCAAAAGAGAAAAACAAAUCUACCCAGAAUGAAAAUGUCAAACCAACUCCUCAGACACCAAACGGCCCUUCCAAAGACCAAGUGAAGGAAAUUCCUAAACAGUCCAAACAGAUGACAUCAACAUCACAACCUCCACCUGCCAAAAAAGACGAGGAGCUUCAGUUUGACAAGAUAACACGUGAAAGUCUGAUGCAGGAGAAAGUCUACGUCCGUUUGAUAAAGAAACAGCAGAGAGAAGUAGAGAUAAUGAAGAAGAAACACCAGAAAGAAAAAUGUGUGAUGUCCAAACAGCAAUGUACCUCUGUCGAAAAAAUGACGGCACUCCAUGAGAAAGAGAAGGCAGCCAUGGAGAAAUCAUGGGAGAAGUUAAAGAAGAAAAAUGACGAUACCACCUUAAACAGUAAGGAAGAUAAACUCCAAGCACUGAUAGCUGCUCAAAAAUCAAAGGUAAACCUUCUGGUGUCUGAACACACCAAAGAAUGGUCAGACAUGAAUGCCAGACAAUUGAAGGAGGAACACGAGCUGAACAAGGCCCACAUUUUACAGCAGAACACCACAAAUAAUCGGCUUGUGGAGGAAGUACAACAGACCCAGUUGAAGGAAUUGGAACUGAAACAAGACAGAGACAACAAAGAACUGAGGACGAUCCAAGCCAAACAAUCGAUGGAGUCUAGCAAAGCUGUACUGAAUGACAAGUCAAUCAAGAACAAAGCUGAAAGAGACAGGAGGAUAAGAGAACUGAACGAGAACAAUACAAAGAAAUUUAUUGAAGAAAGGAAACGUUUAGCUGUAAAACAUUCCAGGCAGGUAGAAGCCAUUAAGAAAGUUCAUAGCCAACAAGCAGAAGAGUUGCAAAAGGAGAAUGAAAAAGUAAGAUCCCCCUUCUGUAAUAUUACAGAUAUCUUCUCUAUACAAAUAUUAACCAUGUCAAUGAUAGGGGUAAAAUAUGAGUUUUAAAUUAAUCAAAUAAUUAUAUAUAUUAAUUAUGUAAU